AUGAGCGGAGCAAUCUUUCAAUCAGAGCUGUCAAGCCUGAUACAAGAGUCAAAAAGAAAGCAUCUAGACGUCAGAGCUGCAGCAGAGAAGUCCCUUGGUGAGCUGAAGGCCCUUCGCAUCACUUCCGAGGCACAGCUUGCCGCGGAUCUGCUUCGCAAGCCAUCUUUCGUCGAGCCUUUCAUUCUUGCAUGCAAGUCACGCAAUACAAAAUUAGUCUCCAGCAGUGUUAUAUGUCUACAAAGGCUGGCAGCGAGUCAUGCUCUGCCCCCUGAACAACUCAAGGAUGUUCUUGAGGCACUUCGAGAAGUGACUUCUUCUGGCUUCGAUGUACAGAUCAAGAUAUUACAAACACUCCCAUCACUCCUUCAGACUUACGCUUCUGACUUAUACGGAGGGCUUCUGUUCACUUGUCUUGACAUUUGUGGAGCUUUACAGAGCAGCAAAACCACAGUUGUGAGCAGUACAGCUUCUGCCACUUUUCAGCAACUCGUUUCAAGCGCAUUCGAGAGAAUCACCGACGAGGAUGCUGCUGCUGACUCGGAUACGGUGAGGAAAGUCAGCAUCGGAGCUGGAACUGUAAGGCUGAAGAAAGCUGCGUCUGAUGGCUUCGAUAUCUUCAGUGACCUUUGCAGCAUUGCGGACGGUGUGGGAACACAACGUCUAAAUCCCAACACCAUACCUCUGGUCUUUGCUCUUGACAUAAUAGUCACCGUCCUGGAGAGCAAUGAGAAUGUAUUCCAGACUCAUCACGAAUUGCUGUUCAUCUGUCGGACUAGACUAGCGCCUGCCCUCCUCCGACAUAUACCUGCAAAACAUCCUUUUUCUGCCACUAUCAGGUCAUUAAGAGUACUCUAUCAAUUGAUCAGUCGGCAAUUCGAGCAUCUUCAAGAGGAGAGCGAGAAGGCUUUGGACCUCCUAAUACAUCUUCUUGAACUGGAGGCGUCACAAGGCUGGAAACGUGCAGCCUGCAUGGAGCUUCUGCGUAAACUCGUUCUCAACUUCCCUUUGCUCCGCCAAAUCUUCCUCACCUUCGAUCUGCAGGAAGAUCGUAAAGAUAUUGUCAGUAAACUUAUGGCAGCACUUGCCAAAAUUGCUGCAGAGAAACCAACAAUCAUCGGCCUGAGUCAUCAAUCAACCAUGCCGGCUCGACAAAUUGAUAGUGAAGAAGAUAGACCAGAGCAAGCUCCCCUGGAAGCAGCAGGAGUGGAAGGUAUCAUUGGAAGCACUGUUACUGCAGAAUCUCACAUCACUGGCAUUGGUAAUGCAUGGAGCCUGCCGAAGACGCCAUGCUUGGAACAGCUUGACAAGAAUGACGCUUCCGAUUUGCCGGAAACCUAUAUCUAUAGCAUGGUUCUUGACUGCAUAUAUUCAUUUUCUGAAGGACUGGCAAAAUUUGUUAUGCCACUGAGCCUUACUCGUAGUGCGAGAAAGAGGGGCCAGGCGCAGAUCGAUGAGCAAUUCCAGGACGGCAAUGACAGAAAUGUCAGUUCUGAAGAGAGCAGAAGCGCGGCAGCAACUCCGGUUCAGGAGCCACAGAAAGUCUUGAGGCCAGUCAGUGCCUUGAAACUGACAUCAAAUUCACAAUCUGAAUCAAUCCGGACGGCUGCGGCACUUGUCACUUUCUGUUGGCCGGCAUUUCUGGCCACUUGCGCGACAUUCCUCAACGCCGCGCUAGAUGCAGAAUUGUAUCACAACCUAGUUCGAGCAGUCCAGAAGUUAGCGCAGGUUGCUGGCGUAUUAGAACUUUCAACGCCGAGAGAUGCACUUUUGACAACUCUAUCAAAGGCCGCUGUUCCUCCUCAAGCCCUUCAAAUUGGUCAAAAUACAAACUUUGGCAAAACUGAACGAUACUUUGCGACUAAGAGUACUGAGCAGGCAGAAUUAGUUGCCACCCAAUCUGUCAGCGCGUCUGUUAUAGAGAGCCCAGUCUCGAACAAAGCAAGUGUAUCAAUACUAACCACGCGCAACCUUCUGUGCGUGCGAGCACUAUUGCAUCUUGGUAUAGCUUUGGGACCAACGCUCAGCGAACAAGCAUGGUUUAUUUUGCUAGAGACACUACAAGAGGCAGAGCGUCUCAUCAUGUUAUCCUCGAGAUUACAGGUAAAUCAGAAUAGGAAGCUCGCAGAUGACGUGUCAAGCAGCAAAAAUGGUACUAGCCCGUUGAAUCUAACUGGUGAAAUUGUUGCGGUUGAGACGGCUUCGAAGAAGAUGUUUGCCACUUCCAGCGAUUAUGAAAAUGAUGCUUUCCUAGGUCUCCUCAGAGCACUCUUUAGUUUGUCUACCUCGACCGGGUGCAUUGACGACCGCAAAGAUGUUGCUAGCUCAAAUCCUAACCCAGCUCCCCGGCACGUUGGGCGUAUCCAUCAGUCAUCCCGGAGCAUAUCAGGGACUUCAAUCAAGGCGGCCACAGAAGACAAUGAAGUUCUUUUUGUAUUAACCAAGACCAGUGAGAUAGCAAAGUCAAAUCUGCAAAGACUAGUCACACAGCCUGCAAACUCUAGUGGCUGGUCCUUGAUUACUGCUAGGCUUCUGCAGGUGGUGAGGUCGACCUUCACCCUUGCCGACAUACGAUUACGAGCUGCAAGUCUUCUGGACACAGUUGUCCUUGGCACGCUACAAAUCUUGGAUGAGCAAGAUGAGCAAUUGCAGAGAGUUGUUCAAGAGCGAGGUGUGUUAGUUUUGAAUAGUCAGGUUGAGGGCCUCUACCAGCAAAGCACAUCUUCAUUGUCCGAGACUAGCAGCGUGGAUCUCGCUAUCCACGAACGUGCAAUUGAAGCCCUCAGCUCCAUUGUUGAGCACCAUGGAGAAAAUCUGCUUAUCAGCUGGGAGAUGAUCUUCAAGCUGGCUGGAACUAGCUUUGAAGAGCGCGCACCACCAUUCGACAGCGACAUUCAGGAUGAUACGCAAGCCACAGAAAUACGCUCUAGAAGCGUAACUCUGACAUCAACCGCGUUUCGGUUGCUACAACUGAUCGGUUCUGACUUCCUAAAUCUCGUGCCACUAAAUCAUCUACUUGACUUUAUAGAUAUUCUUCUGCUCUUUGGUCGCCAACAUGAUGAUCUGAACGUGUCACUGACAAGUACAACCUUCUUCUGGAACUUGGCAGACUUUUUACAUUCGAGUCCAAAUCACCCUUCGUUGAGCGGGUUCUCAGAUGUACCUACCGAGGAAUUCCUGCUUGGGAAGGUCAAUGGCAGUAAAAACCCCGCAGAUGUUAUCGAUUCGCUUUGGCUCGUGCUCCUUUUGCGCCUCAAUGUCUUGACGGUCGACCCCCGAUUAGAGAUGCGCAAGGGCGCCAUUCGGGUUAUGCUGCGUAUAUUGGAUGCAUCUGGGCCAUACCUUUCCCCUCGAGGCUGGUAUAUCUGCCUGACCACCGUGGUUGAGCGUCUACUCAAAUCUCAUGCUUUAUUACUCAGCAAUAUGCGGAAAGAAGGCUUACAAAAUGAUCCGACGAUGUGUGAUGAGUGGUAUGCCUCGACAGUCGCUGUGCUAGAAGGUAGCAUAAACCUUGUCUGCCAUUUUAGCUCAACUAUAAUCGCGGAUGAGCAUUUCCAUUUAUUCUGGGAGCAAUUCUUUGAUCUCCUCGGAUCCAUUCUCACUAAUCCAUCGCUUGCAGUAUCGCUUGCAGUAUUUCGUGGCGUGGCAUCACUGUUCUUGUCUCUCGGAAAGGCUGACUACCGCAAUGUCCUCACCGCCGAGGCGGCCUUGAAGCUUUGGAUCAACCAUCAUCCAGCAAACGUUGUGGACCACUUCCAGAUUGAGAGUGUUUCGACGAAGAGUCAUGAUUCAAAUGAGGAGGCGUUUACAGCGCAUGCGGAAGCGUUAGUUCGGAUUAGUGAAGCACUACCAUCAGUACAGCUAGGUCAGAUUGCUGCAGAAGACAUAAUGAAGGCUCUAAGAAAGACAGUACUACAAUGUGUGCAUCUUCCUUACGGAUCUGACGUUCAGAAAACGGCUCCUGAGCAGGAGAGUGUAAUAAGUAUUCUUCAGCUCCUAUCAAGGACUGAGACUUCCAAGAGCACAGAGUAUUUCAAGAUCCUGUUCGACUUCAUCAAGGUCGCCUGCGAAGACGAGACUGAGCUGGAAAUGGAUCCAUCCUUUGACUGGCCGACUAAGCAAGGUCCAACCUUACUUAACGCUCAGAGCCUGUCGUUAGUUGCUUUUGCUUCCAAGUGCAUUGACAUACUCGAAAACAAUGUGAUAAGAGCGAUUCAGGAAGAAUCACUGCUGAACACGUCACAGACUGUAUGCUCGGCCAUAAUAGCCUUGUCUAACACCGUUAAGUCUAAGUACACGGCAAAGGGUCAGCGUGGAGACCCGUUGAUUUGGCGUAAGGCCACGGUUUCCGGACUUACAAUUGUUGAGGCAGUGGGCUUGCGCAGCUACAAAAUCAUGGACAAAGAGGAGUUGCUUGCUUUGAAAGAGAUCUAUGGCUCAGCUGUUGAGCUAGCCAAUGGCAUUCUCGCCGCUGGUGGCCUGGUGAAUUUGGAGCGACCUCCUGAAGACAGUGUCAUACUGGCAGACGAGGAGCACGAUAUAGCAGCUUUCAGACGUCUGUCGUUGAGUUUGAUACCAGCAUUGACCAGGCUAAAGGAACUUCAAGUUGCAGCUCCUCAGCGAAUGCCUUCUGACAUACACCGCCGAUUUGUUAUCAGCCUCUUUCACGCCUCUAUGGUUGCUACUCCACAAUUCGCCGACCUUCCGUCAGAUCUCUUCUCCUCUCCUCUAUCCUCAUUUUUGCGGAUUCGCCCAGGCACCAUCAAAGAGCUCGCUUACCACGCUCGAAGCAAAAUACCAUACCUAGCUCUUGACACGAUGUUCAAGCUCAUCGCAGCACUCGAUGAUGACACCAUGCAAGACGCCGCUAGUGUCGCAGGUCAUUUGGAAUUCGCCAAGAUAGUCGCGCCUUACGUGCUUCUCCGAGCCGCCCACACUUUCAAGUCUUUCGUCGCCGAUCAGCCGCUUCGGGGACCAAUGCCAAUGCCGUCGAAGCUCCGUGCAGAGAUGCUACAUGUGCUCAGAUUAUGCCUUGAGCUUCGAUCAGAGGAUGGAGCUUUUCUUGGCAAGCCAGGAUCGCAUACCUGCCUUGGUCGAGAUGGUAGGAGACAUCUGAGGGUGCUGUAUCCGCUCAUAGUCCAAAUGUGGAAGGUUUGGAGAAGGGUGCCUCGGUAUGGAUUUCCGUGGAUCGCUGACUCGGACGGUGUGGAGAUUGAAAAAUGCCUUCAGCGCUGGGUCGAAAUCUGUGGUGAACACUGGGAGCUUGCGAACCUCGAGUCAUGA